CGCUACCCACCACCUAGGCCACCUCGUCCCCUCAGGUGCCCCUCUCCGCCUCUUUCCCGGCCCGCAGCAUGACUGUGCCUCACAUGACCCGCCGCCUCCCUCCCUCCCCCUCUCCUCGGCUCCGAUGCGGAUUUAUUCAAGUUAUUCAUCUCCCUUCCUCCCCUCCCUCGGUCCAGAAUAUUCCUGGCCAUUCCUUCCCCGCCCCGCACAUGGGGGAAGCGGAGGAUCGGGGGCCGCCUUCCCCUUUGUGCCUCCCGCGGGCGGGGGUCGCUGUGAGUGACUCCCCUCACGCCCCCGAAAUGGCCGCCGCCCCCGGGGGCUCUCCCCGCUCGGGCGGCCGGGGCGGGAGGAUGGUGUCACCGGGAGGUGACCGGAGGCCCCCGGCUGCUGCCACCCGGGCGGGUGGAGGUCGAGCCCGGUGGCGGCGAGAUGGUGUUGGGGACGGCAGUGCUGUGGUGGGGACACGGACGCCGCCGGGGCUGAGGGGCCACGAGGCCCGGAGGCGGUUGGGCCAGGUGAAAUCGUUCAUCUGUGACACGAGUGUGAGUGUGGAGGAGCUUCUGGUGAGAGCUGGAGGGGACACAAAAGUGCUAGGCAGAGAAGCUCGACGCGCCCAUCAUGGCGAGGCUGCUCCAGCUCUUCCCCCAUCCCAAACUGAGCUUCUCAUCGUGGAGCCAUGACCAUCUGACCUGUGAAGAUGUUCAACACAGAGAUGCCUGCCAGGAGAUUCUUCUUCAUGUCUUUGCAGCUGUUAGUGUGCACAGAGCUGGGGGUGCCCAGCAGGUAGGCAGGUGUCUCACGGCCACACCAGCCCCACAGAUCCCACCAUCAGCAUCACUCCACCUCUGCCGUCAGCAGGACCCUCUCCAGGAACGUGAUAAAUGAAACAUCCCACUUUCCUGUGGAGCAGUGGAUAGGUUCACACCCUCUCCCC